AUGCCGCAAAGGGUCAUUGUCGUUGGUGCUGGCUUGUCCGGACUGAGCGCUGCUCACACCAUCUAUCUUGCUGGAGGCAAUGUUGUGCUCCUUGACAAGAACAACUUCAUGGGAGGCAACUCCACAAAGGCCACAUCAGGAAUCAACGGUGCCCUUACCAGGACACAAGUAGACCACAAGAUUGGCGACAGCGUCAAGCAGUUCUACGAUGACACACUCAAGUCUGCGCGCGACAAGGCGCGGCCAGAUCUGAUCAAGGUCCUCACCUACAAGUCGGCUGCGGCCGUCGAAUGGCUGAUGGACGUCUUCAACCUUGACCUCACUCUCGUCUCACGGUUGGGUGGCCACUCGCAGCCCCGAACCCACCGUGGUCACGAUGCCAAGUUCCCUGGUAUGGCCAUCACCUAUGCCUUGAUGCAGCGAUUCGAGGAGCUCGCCGAGGCAGAGCCAGAGCGCGUUCAGCUCGUCAAGAAGGCCAAGGUCACCAAGGUCAACACCGAGGGCAACCGCGCCACUGGUGUCACAUACCUUUUCAACGGCGAGGAGACUACAGUAGAGGGCCCCGUCAUUCUUGCGACCGGUGGCUACGCUGCCGACUUCACAGACGACUCGCUGCUCAAGAAGCACAGGCCAGACACGUUUGACCUGUCGACAACCAACGGCGCUCACGCCACUGGUGACGGACACAAGAUGUUGAUGAAGAUUGGUGCCAAUGGUAUUGACAUGGACAAGGUCCAAGUUCACCCCACUGGUCUUGUUGACCCCAAGGACCCAACCGCAAAGACCAAGUUCUUGGCUGCUGAAGCUCUUCGUGGAGAGGGUGGCAUCUUGCUCAACAGCAAGGGCAAGCGAUUCUGUGACGACCUCGGUCACCGCGACUAUGUAUCCGGCAAGAUGUGGGAGGAGAAGGAAAAGGGCCUCUGGCCCAUCCGUCUUGUGCUCAACUCCAAAGCCUCCAACGUUCUCGACUUUCACACAAGGCAUUACUCUGGCCGUGGCCUGAUGAAGAAGAUGACGGGUGCGGAGCUCGCAAAGGAGAUUGGCAUCAGCGCAAAGGAGCUUCAGGAGGAGUUUCAGAGCUACAACGCCAUUGCCAAGGGUGAGAAGAAGGAUGUCUGGGGCAAGAAGUACUUCCACAACCUGCCCUUUGACGUCAACGACACGUUCCACGUUGCACACAUGGAGCCUGUUCUCCACUUCACCAUGGGUGGUAUCGAGAUCAACGACCAGGCACAGUGCUUGAACUCAAACGGCGAGCCAUUCGAGGGUCUCUACGUUUGUGGUGAGCUUGCCGGUGGUGUGCACGGUGCCAACCGUCUCGGGGGUUCAUCACUACUUGGCUGUGUCGUCUACGGCCGUGUUGCUGGAGACUCGGCCUCCAAGUACCUCUUCCAACAGGCACUCAACAACGCCGGCGGCGCAGCUGUCUCGCGUCUCGGACAGAUCUCCCUCCACAUCGACCCAUCGCAACCUGGAAAGGUGGCGAUUGAAUGGGGCAACGGCAUCAACGGCGGCUCCUCAUCAGGCGCUGGAUCAGACCCCGUGCAGCAACAGAAGCAACUGUCGUCAGCACCUGUGAUGAAGGGUAACGCCGACUCGAGUGAGCCCGGCAAGGUAACCAAGCCUAACGAGGUCAAGAAGUUCACCAUCCCCGACAAGGAGUUCUCGCUCGAGGAGGUGGCCAAGCACAACAAGAAGGAUGAUCUAUGGAUUGCUGUCAAGGGCAUUGUCAUGGACGUGACCAACUGGACAGACGAGCACCCCGGUGGGCCCCAGGCACUCUUCAGCCACAUGGGCAAGGACGCAUCGGAAGAGUUUGAGAUGCUACACGACGACGAAGUGAUCCCUAAAUAUGCGCCUGAAAUUGUCAUCGGACGCGUCAAGGGACAGGAGGUGACUCUUGAGUACUAG